GGCCCAUUCUGUUACCAACACCCAAACGUUUAAGUCAACAUUUCGCGGCACUUGAAUGGCAGUGCGUAGCCUGACACGAGCAAGAAUGAUAAAUGGCAGCGAAUUAAAUGUCGUUAAGGUUAUUUUCCGUGGCGCAAUCGAAGCCAAGGUUUCAAGUCAGGAGCCCGACCCCACUUAAAUGAUUUGUUUAUUGGUAGCAAUCGGAUGUCUCUGGGAGCGCGCGCGCGCGUUCGGCGGCGUCCUUUCAAACGGAGGCGCGUCGUGGACGCCGUUGUGAACGUGGACAUGGAUAUUGUGGACGACGUGGACGGGACACCUCGCCAACCAGUGAAAAGUAAAGCAAUGGACGUCCGCGAGGUGGAGGCUGCGACGCGCACCCCGGGGAGGGGUCCCGGUGGUUCCGGUGCCGACGGCCCCCCAAGACUCCGGACGCGCGCCGCGUUCUGGGUGCUCGGCCUGUGCAACAACUACGGCUACGUGGUCAUGAUCUCGGCCGCCUACGACAUCCUGCACAAGAACUUCCUGGCCGAGGCGAGGCCGAUGCCGGGUCCGCGGCAGUGCAACUACCUGUCCACGGGGGCCAUCCUGCUCGCCGACAUCCUGCCCAGCCUCGUCAUCAAGUUCCUCUCGCCCUUCCUGCCGCUCUGGAUAAACCUCCGCAUGUCCGUCGUCGUGGUGAACAACGUGCUGGGCUUCCUGCUGGUGGCCUUCGCGUCCGAGCUGUGGGUGGCGCUGGCCGGCGUGGCCGCCAUGUCGCUGGCGCAGGGCCUCGGCGAGGCGUCGCUGCUCGCCUACACCGCCUUCUUCAAGGACAAGAGCGUGGUCACCAUGUGGUCGUCGGGGACGGGCGCGGCCGGCGUGCUGGGCGCCGUGUCGUACCUGGGGCUCACCACGCUGCUCUCGCCCAGGGACGCGCUGCUCAUCAUGAACGUGGUCCCCGCCGCCGUGGCGCUGGCGUUCUGGGUGCUGCUGGUGCGGCCGCGCAUCGACGUCAAGGAGGACAAGGCCGUGAAGCAGCCCGACAAGGUGCGCGACGGCGUGCCCAUGUUCUCGUCCACCGCGUCCUUCGUGGACAAGCUGGGCGACAUCCCGCCGCUCUUCAAGUACAUCUUCCCUCUGUUCGCCGUCUACUUGUUCGAGUACUUCAUCAACCAGGGGCUGUACGAGCUGAUCCGGUACGAGUCCGAGUGGCUGACGCAGGCCCAGCAGUACAAGAUGUUCCAGGCGCUCUACCAGAUCGGCGUCUUCGUCUCGCGAACCUCCGGUGGCUACGUGCCUAUGGAGAGGACGUGGAUCCUGGCCGUCCUGCAGGGCCUGAACGUGGUGUACUUCACCCUGGAGGCCGUGUACAGGAUGUCGGGGUCGGUGUGGGUCGUGGCGGUGCUGGUGGUGUGGGAGGGCCUGCUCGGCGGCGCGGCCUACGUCAGGACCUUCUUCUGCAUCUCCACCAAGGUGGUGCCGGAGAAGCGGGAGUUCUCCAUGGCCAUGUCCUCGGUGGCCGACGCCCUGGGCAUCUUCACGGCGGGAUUGGUGGCCAUCCCCGCACACAACCUGCUCUGCCAGCUGCCCGCGCCCUCGUGACACCGCGUGUCUACCCCCAACGACGCCCCUGAAGGCUGUCGCAAGCCCGCGGCAACCGUCGAAGACCUUCAAAAGCCGUCGACGAGCGUCAGGUCAGAAGGCCUCGAAAACACUCAAAGGCCGUCGGAAGCCAGCCAACGGCCGUGCAGUUGCGAGGCGCUAGUGAGUAGAAGUCGCCUCGAGAGAGGCAAAAGUGAGAAACAGACACCUGUGUCCUUCUAGUUUGCUGCCAAGAAGGCGUCCAGAACAGGGGGCCUCGGAAAAGUACACAAACAAGUAGUAGACUGUUCUUAGCACGUGUUGCCAAGUGAGUGUGCGAAAAUCACCUCACGGUAAAAACGGUAUCUGGUUUUCCCAGGAGCCCUAUGGCGAAGACAUAGGCGAUUUCCAGAGGGUUCCUGGGAGAACCAGGAACCGUUUUUACCGUGCUCUGUGCAGCAGUGUAGAAAGGGUUGCCGACCUCAGACCGUCCACGAGGCACUGCUUUUGACACGUUUGGCUCUUAAGCUGGUUGUUGUCAGCUAUUCUUUCCACACUGGUGCGCCGCAAGAGUGUUAACGUAUUUUGGCAACACUGCAGACAGAAUAGACAAUCUUUUGUCAGAUCGCAAGGCUGUGAAAUGUGCCCUUAGAAUGUAUAAGGAAAAUAGGAAUAGCUUCCCGGGUAGAGUACUAAGUUUGUCGUGUGAUCGCCAUACUUUAGCGAGCAAUGUUUAAUUACCAUGUAUGAAUAUUCAUUAUUUAUUUGUGUGAGUGAAAUAAACACUUUAUCACUCGA